GGUUCCUUGGCACAUAUUUUGCAAUUUAACACAAUAUAUCCUUUUUUGUGAACAUAAUUGUGGAAAGUGUGCUUAAAGAGCGACCGAGACAGAGACAGAAAUGAGAACCUUUCUAAUCUAACAUUCGGCAAAAAAAUGACCGUGAAUUCUGCGGUUAUCUUACUGGAAAUGGACCACUGCUUUGAUAUGUCUUCAUGUACUCUAUAUAUGUUCACACAAUUAAAGAUUUUCGCAUUAAGUAUAUGCACAUAUCUGGAAGUUGCAUUGCAUAUAUGUGUAUCAUGUAUAGCUAAGUAGAACAAAAUAAAUUGUUUUUCAAGUUUUCAAGGUCGAAAUGUUUAGAUCAUUUGGCAUGGCAUCAUUUAUCUGAAUGUAUCUUCUAUACAGUAUCUUGAUGGGAAUGUUCAGAUCAUUUAGCCCUAUGAGUAAAUCUAUCACUAAUCAUUCUCGUAUUUUUUUUCUAAAUAUAAUGAAUUAUUCGAGGUAAGAUACAAACCAAAUCAUCUGCAACCAUCUAACUGAAUGCCUCUACUGCCAUCCAAAUUAAGUCUGCCCUGUCUUAACAUGCCUAGCCAAAAUGGGGAGGAGCAUACAGGUUAGUGACAUGCUAUUUGUCUCCACUACAUUCUUUGUGAACAUAAUUGUGGAGCGUGUGCUUAAAGAAUGACCAAAACAGAUAUGAGAACCUUUCUACUCUUACAUUCUGGGAAAAGAUUUGCAUGUUUUGCGGUUAUCUUACUUGAAAUGGACCACUAUUUUCAGAUGUACACUAUAUGUUCACACAAUUUUAAAAUGUAUGCAGUAAAAAUAUGCACAUAUCUAGAGGUUGCAUUGCAUAUGUGUAUCAUGUACAGCUAAGUAGAACAAAAGAAAUUUGUUUUGAAUUUCCAAUGUCAAAAAUUGAGCUGCAAAAAUGUGAUGUCCAUUAGUUUGCUAGACAUGUAUCAUUGGCAUGCCAUCAUUUAUUUAAAAUGUACUGUAUCUUCUAUGCAGUAUCUUCAUGGGAAUGUUUGCAUCAUAUUUAGCCUAAAAAUAAGUAAACAUAUCACUAAUUUUGAGCAUCAUGCACCUUAUCACAAUUUACUGGUCAUUUAUUUGUGUGAAUUCUUAAAAAUGGAUGGCUGGUAUAGUUAUAUCACCACCCCUUGUGCUCCAGCCAACCGCUGUUUUCAAUCGAGUGAUAUAAAUUAUAAUUAUGUAAAUCCAUUUCUUUGUGACUUAAUCUUCUUGCCAGCCUAAAUUUCACUGAGUCUCAGUUGGAACACAUGGAAUUUGACAUAAAUUUGUUCUAUUCCUGCUAGAAUUUUGGAAAAUUUCGUUGUUUUAAACAAGGAUUUAAUAGUCAGGGAACUCUAAUGCCAUUUGCUCAUUAGCAAAGGCAGGGGUAUACUAUUUUUGAAAACAUAACUAUACAUUCUGAACCCCCGCCCAGCAUAAGUUGCUAAGCCCGAAUACAACAUCACUUGAGAAGAAAAUCAACAUUAAAGCCACAAAAAAUGCAAAGGAAAAUAAACUAAGGCGUACUACAAAGCAGUGGAGGAAAUUAAGCUCUGAAGCCAACGGCUAUAAAUACCUGACCACCCUGGUCGCGCCAUCCAGAGAAGCAGAGUUUCAAAUCACACUGCUGCCUUCUCCCCCCACCAUGGCUGCCAUGUGGUCUCUGAUCAUCGCUCUCCUCCUGCUUCUGCUCCCACUCGUGCCGUCCUCCUCCUCCGCCAUCACGCUCCCGCUCCAUGGCAACGUCUACCCUGUCGGCCACUACUAUGUUACGAUGAAGAUUGGUAACCCCCCGAUGCCCUACUUCCUGGACAUCGACACCGGCAGCAACCUCACCUGGCUGGAGUGCAAACACCCGCAACUCGGCUGCCAGCACUGCACCCAGCAUCCAAAACACCCACAUUACUCGCCACAACUUAUCAACUUGAAGGUGGAAUGUAAUAACAAGUACUGUGAUGCACUACGGAAAGACCUGGCAGGUGGUAACCCUAUAUGCCAACAUAAGAAGCCGCAUCAAUGCCACUACAACAUUCAAUACGUUGAUGGGACGUCAGAUGGUGUCGUCUCCUUUGACAUGAUCUCUCUCGGGGAAAAUGGAAAAUCCAUUGCCUUCGGAUGUGGAUACAGCCAGCAACCACAGAAAGAAACAUCACCCGUAGAUGGCGUCCUUGGUCUUGGGAUGGGAACGGUAGGUUUUGUCCCACAACUCAUGCUGCACAAGAUGAUCACCAAGAACAUCAUUGGGCAUUGCCUUGGCAAGGAUGGAGGGGGCUACCUCUCCUUCGGGGAGCAGUUUCACCUGGGAGGCAUAACCUGGGCACCCAUGAGAAAAUAUGAACUUUUCUACUCACCUGGCCAAGCAUCACUACACCUGAACGGGCAGCAGAUAUACAAGCAUGGAGUGAAUGCUGUCUUUGACAGUGGAUCCACCUACACCUACAUACCUGCCCGGAUAUACAAUCCCUUUGUUCUUAAGGUGCAAGAUAUGAUCGGCAGUUCACAUAGGGAGGUGCAUGAUGAUGACCUGCCACAUUGCUGGAAAUUCAAAUCUAUUCACGAGGUUCAGAGGUUGUUCAAGCCACUUUCAUUGCAGUUUCACAACAAAAUUGCCAUGCAUAUCCCUGCUAUGAACUACCUCAUCCACACGAGAAGCAAUAAUUGGUGCUUGGCCAUCCUCAACGGAACGCAGAUCCCUGAUGGAGACCGACGGAUCUUAAUUGGAGAUGCUACAAUGCGGGAUAUGCUUGUGAUAUACGACAAUCAGCAUGGUAGGCUGGGAUGGGUUCACCAACCACAGUGCACCAGGCCUCAUCCUGCUUCGCGUCUCUGAGUAAAGCUUGCAUGGAGAUACAUCGCGGUAAAAGAUAUAUAAAUGGUCAUACCUCUUAGCAAGAAUGAAGUGAUAUUGGUAGAUCUUGUAUGAUCCUCGCACUCAUAAUAAAAUGGAGUUCUUUGGUUGCAUUCC